GGGAGGCUGGUGGGAGGAGAAGAGUUGAAGGGUCUAUAUAAUCUCAGAGCUUUCAGAUACAGAGUGCACCAUCCCAGAGCAGCUAUCACCAGCCAAGCACUGUCAGGGACUGUUUUCUGUCUGGAGGGCCAGAGGACACUGACGUAGAAGAUGUGUGAGGAAGAGGACAGCACUGCCCUUGUGUGUGACAAUGGGUCAGGGCUCUGUAAAGCCGGCUUUGCCGGGGAUGAUGCUCCAAGAGCAGUUUUCCCAUCCAUCGUGGGUCGUCCCAGGCACCAGGGUGUGAUGGUUGGUAUGGGUCAAAAAGACAGCUACGUAGGUGAUGAGGCUCAAAGCAAGAGAGGAAUCCUGACCUUGAAAUACCCCAUAGAACAUGGCAUCAUUACAAACUGGGAUGACAUGGAGAAGAUCUGGCAUCACUCUUUCUAUAAUGAGCUCCGGGUUGCACCUGAAGAACACCCGACCCUGCUGACUGAAGCACCGCUGAAUCCCAAAGCCAACCGUGAGAAGAUGACCCAGAUUAUGUUUGAGACAUUCAAUGUGCCAGCCAUGUAUGUAGCUAUUCAAGCCGUUCUGUCCCUCUAUGCCUCUGGACGUACCACAGGGAUCGUGCUCGACUCCGGGGAUGGUGUCACCCACAACGUGCCAAUCUAUGAAGGCUAUGCCCUGCCACACGCCAUCAUGCGUCUGGACCUGGCGGGCCGUGACCUGACAGACUACCUCAUGAAAAUCCUGACGGAGCGUGGAUACUCCUUUGUGACCACUGCGGAGCGUGAAAUUGUCCGUGACAUCAAGGAGAAGCUGUGUUAUGUGGCCCUGGACUUUGAAAAUGAGAUGGCCACUGCUGCAUCUUCCUCCUCUCUGGAAAAAAGCUAUGAGCUUCCUGAUGGUCAGGUGAUCACCAUUGGAAACGAACGCUUCCGCUGCCCAGAGACCCUCUUCCAGCCAUCCUUCAUUGGCAUGGAGUCUGCUGGCAUUCAUGAAACCACUUACAACAGCAUCAUGAAAUGUGACAUAGACAUCCGAAAGGAUCUUUAUGCCAACAAUGUGCUGUCUGGAGGCACUACAAUGUACCCGGGUAUUGCAGACAGGAUGCAGAAGGAAAUAACUGCUUUGGCUCCUAGCACUAUGAAGAUCAAGAUCAUUGCUCCUCCUGAACGCAAGUACUCUGUCUGGAUUGGAGGUUCUAUUCUUGCCUCCCUCUCCACUUUCCAGCAGAUGUGGAUCAGCAAACAAGAAUAUGAUGAAGCUGGCCCAUCCAUUGUUCACCGCAAAUGCUUCUAAAUUGCUUUAUCUUUAUAUAUCUCCUUCGUGUGAAUGUAUUUGGGAAAAUACAUUCUUAUAAUUUCAUUCCAUAAAUGCUUCAUCUUAAUUAUCUAAUUAAUUGGAUACUGUGUAUUUUUUGUAAUAAAUUUUAAUUAUGUUACAAAAUUGCUGCUCCUAUUUAAAAAAACAAAACCAAAAGCCACGCCGUGCAUGUGUGGAGAUACCAUUACAGCUGGUUUGAAGCACCAUCUUGUGACAUGAAUUUGUUACUACACUGUACUGGGCUUAAAGGUGAUACCUUUAGCUUAGUGACACCAAUGCCAGAAAAUGCUUACCUAUCAGGCUGCACGUUCUCAAAGUUCAGCCUCAGAAAACAUUUUAAUCUGCAAACAGAACAUGAUUUUUCCAAAGUUCUGGGCAGUACCAAAGGAGCAUAGCAUGUGUUCAAUAUCAGGAUGAGCAUGGGCACUCUGCUUUGCAUCUGCUCUAUCCAGAAAUACUUUCUCUCCACAUCACUUCUUAAUUCACAGCUGUCAUGCUGGAAAAGCCAAUUGCUUACAGGAUAUCAGAGGUGUACAAUGUGUACCACAACAUUUCUGUGUUUUCUUUGAAGAAACAAAGCCUGUUCCUUUGGGAGCAUAUCUAAACACUAAUAUUAGGUUGAACAUAUGCCCUCAGGAUGAGUGCAGCCUAUUAUUUUUAUGUUGUGAUUUCUAGCAAGAUCUAAAGAGUAAUUAAGCUGGCUUAAUACACUUUCUCUUCAGAACUAAUUUUUUUGGGGGGUGGAGGGGGUGAGUAAUGUAAUCAAAGUAGAUAAAAUAAUUUAGACAAUUUUCUUUUUCUGUGAUUUUUCUGAUUCCUUUUAUAAUCCUAAAUACAUCAAAACUUAUAGUUAGCUAAAAGCAUAUGCAUAGAAGCUGAAGCCAGUAAUACUGUCUGAAAAGUAUAUAUAUAUAUAUAUAUAUGAAUAAAGAAUUCACUGAGACAGGCCUGAAAAAGGUCACUUCUAAGGAACUUGCUGCAAUCUGUGUUCAUUAGAGUUCAGGAUAAAGGAUGCUAUUUAUUUUUGUUAACCUAUUUUCCUCCCUAAACUCAAUAGUUUAUCUCACUUGCCUGUUACUUGUUGUCUUUCAAACUGUAAGCUUUUUGCAACAGCACCUGUUAUUUACCUGCAUAACCCCGGGGUUCCAGAUCUUGUCCAGCUUCCGAGUGUUAGCACAUGUUGCAAACCUCUUUGUACUAACCUCAUUACUUAAAGUGUAGGUCAUCUAAGUUCUUGGAACAACUACUAAAUAAACUCUUGUAAAAGCAAA